CCCCAACCCGGGCUCCGUCCCGCCUUUCUCCGCUUCGCCAGCGGCCGCCGCGUCCCGGUGCCGAGUCCCAGCUCGGAGUGCAAUGGCGUCCAACCCCGAACGGGGGGAGAUUCUGCUCACCGAGCUGCAGGGAGAUUCCCGAAACUUUUCAUUUUCUGAAAAUGUGAGUGCUGUUCAAAACUUAGAUUUUUCGGAUACAAUGGUGCAACAGAAAUUGGAUGAUAUCAAGGAUCGAAUCAAAAGAGAAAUAAGAAAAGAACUGAAAAUUAAAGAAGGAGCUGAAAAUCUGAGGAAAGUUACAACAGAUAAAAAAAGUUUGGCUUAUGUGGACAACAUAUUGAAAAAAUCAAAUAAAAAACUAGAAGAAUUGCAUCACAAACUACAGGAAUUAAAUGCUCAUAUCGUUGUAUCGGAUCCUGAAGAUGUCACAGAUUGCCCAAGGACUCCAGAUACUCCAAGUAGUGACCCUCGUUGUUCUACUAGCAAUAAUAGGUUGAUGGCCUUACAAAAACAAUUGGAUAUAGAACUUAAAGUAAAACAAGGUGCAGAGAACAUGAUACAGAUGUACUCAAAUGGGUCUUCAAAGGAUCGGAAACUCCAUGGAACAGCUCAGCAACUACUCCAAGAUAGCAAAACAAAAAUAGAAGUCAUACGAAUGCAGAUUCUUCAGGCGGUCCAGACCAACGAAUUGGCUUUUGAUAAUGCAAAGCCUGUCAUAAGUCCUCUUGAACUUCGGAUGGAAGAGUUGAGGCAUCAUUUUAGGAUAGAGUUUGCAGUGGCAGAAGGUGCAAAGAAUGUAAUGAAAUUGCUUGGCUCAGGAAAAGUAACAGACAGAAAAGCGCUUUCAGAAGCUCAAGCAAGAUUCAAUGAAUCAAGUCAAAAAUUAGAUCUUUUAAAGUAUUCCUUGGAGCAAAGACUAAAUGAACUUCCCAAGAAUCACCCUAAGAGCAGUGUUAUUAUUGAGGAGCUUUCACUUGUUGCAUCGCCCACACUGAGUCCACGUCAAAGUAUGAUAUCAACACAAAAUCAGUAUAGUACAUUAUCUAAACCAGCAGCAUUAACAGGUACUUUGGAAGUUCGUCUUAUGGGCUGCCAAGAUAUACUGGAAAACGUCCCUGGACGGUCAAAAGCAGCAUCAGUUGCACUACCUGGCUGGAGUCCAAGUGAAACCAGAUCAUCUUUCAUGAGCAGAACAAGCAAAAGUAAAAGUGGAAGUAGUCGAAAUCUCCUAAAAACGGAUGACUUAUCCAGUGAUGUCUGUGCAGUUUUGAAGUUAGAUAAUACUGUGGUUGGUCAAACUAGUUGGAAACCUAUUUCCAAUCAGUCAUGGGACCAGAAGUUUACACUGGAACUAGACAGGUCACGUGAACUGGAAAUUUCAGUUUAUUGGCGUGAUUGGCGAUCUCUGUGUGCUGUAAAAUUUCUGAGGUUAGAAGAUUUCUUAGACAACCAACGGCAUGGCAUGUGUCUCUAUUUGGAACCACAGGGUACUUUAUUUGCAGAGGUUACCUUUUUCAAUCCAGUUAUUGAAAGAAGACCAAAACUCCAAAGACAAAAGAAAAUUUUCUCAAAACAACAAGGCAAAACAUUUCUCAGAGCUCCUCAAAUGAAUAUUAAUAUUGCCACUUGGGGGAGGUUAGUGAGAAGAGCUAUUCCUACAGUAAAUCAUUCUGGCACAUUCAGCCCUCAAACUCCUGUGCCUGCUACUGUGCCAGUCGUUGAUGUACGCAUCCCUGAGCUAGCACCUCCAGCAAGUGAUUCUACAGUAACCAAAUUAGAUUUUGAUCUUGAACCUGAACCUCCUCCUGCUCCUCCACGUGAUUCUUCUCUUGGAGAAAUAGAUGAAUCUACUGAAUUGAGAGGCUUGGAUUUGCCGGGGCAGGAUUUAGAAACUGUUUUUGAUAUUGAGAAUGACAGAAAUAGUAGACGUCCAAAAUCCCAGUCUGAAUAUGAGUCUGAUAUUCCUCAGUCAAACCUAAAAUAUCCUCAAAUUCGAGAACUUGAGGAGAGAAGGUCUCAACAGAUGUUUCAGUUUAAUCUACAAGACUUCAGAUGUUGUGCUGUCUUGGGUAGAGGACAUUUUGGAAAGGUGCUUUUAGCUGAAUAUAAACAUACAAAUGAGAUGUUUGCUAUCAAAGCCUUAAAGAAAGGAGAUAUUGUAGCUCGGGAUGAAGUAGACAGCCUGAUGUGUGAAAAAAGGAUUUUUGAAACUGUGAAUAGUGUAAGGCAUCCCUUUUUGGUGAACCUUUUUGCAUGUUUCCAAACCAAAGAGCAUGUUUGCUUUGUUAUGGAAUAUGCUGCUGGUGGUGACCUAAUGAUGCACAUUCAUACUGAUGUCUUUUCUGAACCCAGAGCUGUAUUUUAUGCUGCAUGCGUAGUUCUUGGGUUGCAAUAUUUACAUGAACACAAAAUUGUCUAUAGGGAUUUGAAAUUGGAUAACUUAUUACUAGAUACAGAGGGCUUUGUGAAAAUUGCUGAUUUUGGUCUUUGCAAAGAAGGAAUGGGGUAUGGAGAUAGAACAAGCACAUUUUGUGGCACUCCUGAAUUUCUUGCUCCAGAAGUAUUAACAGAAACUUCCUAUACAAGAGCUGUAGACUGGUGGGGACUUGGUGUACUUAUAUAUGAAAUGCUUGUUGGUGAGUCCCCAUUUCCUGGUGAUGAUGAAGAGGAAGUUUUUGACAGUAUUGUAAAUGAUGAAGUAAGGUAUCCAAGGUUCUUAUCUACAGAAGCCAUUUCCAUAAUGAGAAGGCUAUUAAGAAGAAAUCCUGAGCGGCGCCUUGGAGCUGGUGAGAAAGAUGCAGAGGAUGUAAAAAAGCACCCAUUUUUCCGGCUCACUGAUUGGAGUGCCCUGAUGGACAAAAAAGUAAAGCCGCCUUUUGUGCCUACCAUUAGAGGCCGGGAGGACGUCAGUAAUUUUGAUGAUGAAUUCACCUCAGAAGCACCUAUUCUCACUCCACCUCGAGAACCAAGGAUACUUUCGGAAGAGGAGCAAAAGAUGUUCAGAGAUUUUGACUAUAUUGCAGAUUGGUGUUAAGCUCCUAGACACUGUGAAACCAAGUAGACUGACUCACAAGAAGACCUCCUAAAAAUACCAGCCCUUCGUUUGCUCUCUGUGCCACCAUAAGCAUCCAAGUUUUUUUAAAACAUGAAGAUUCGUUUUAAAGUACUAUUAUAAUACCUUCUCGAAUGUGGCUUUUCAAUUUAUUUUCAGCAUAAUAUCGAGCACUGGAAACAAUUUCAUGGAAUUUAAGCUGAAUGAACAUCUGCCAUGAAAAUCUAUCACAGAUGAAAACUUUUGGAUCAAUAAUAAUCUAUUUAAAAAUGAGAAAAAGCACUCUUCUACAAUUCCUAGCUUUACCAUUUGCCUGACCUGCCUUUACGUGAAAGGAAAAUAACUUAGUUAACUUCAUUUAGCUAUCUCUAUAAAGAGAGAAAACGGGCUUGGAAUGCUAGAAUAAGGCAAAAGCUCUAAUUUUUUUUAAAGAAAUUAAUGUAAUUUUUUAAAAAUGUAGUGGCAUAUACCAUUUAAACAUAUUUGAUGGCUUUUUAAAUGAAAUGAAUUGAUGUUUUGUAAUUUUUUUUAUAUUUAUUUAGGAGAAAUAAAAAUGUUGCCUUAUCUUUACCAUAAAACAGAGCCUCAAAGCUUUCCAACAGAAGCUAUCUGCCAAACAUUUUUUUUUUUUGUCUAUUAAACCAUGCUGAAACAGGAACAAUUAAAACAUCAGCAUUUACUUUAAGUUUUAAGAGGACUCUGACCAGCCUGAACUGUUAUCUGUAUGCAUUCCCAAAGUCUAGACUCUUGGUAUGUUUGGUCAUACCUUCUAAAAUCAGUGAACUGAUUAUUCCUUUUCAAUAGUCAUUGUACAUUUAUCGAUCUAGUUCAUCUUGUUCUGUGUCUACUGUAGAAGGGAACUAUAUCUUUGUUAAAACAUAGGGAUUAUCAUUGUAUACAUGCUGUGAACAUGUAUAUGUGCAAGUUGUAAUGUAUUCUAUGUUGUAGGUUUAUUAUUUAAUUUCACCACUUCAUCACUUUGUACAGUGGCCAAGCAGACACCUCAAACUCCUCCAGCAUUUACAUUAAGUGCAUUUGUACAUUUUGGGCCACUGGAUCCAGAUUUUAUAUUGGCAGUUACUGAGGGCAAAAGCAAUAUAUUAUAAUAGAAUGUAUAAAUAUUUUUGAUAAAACAGUCUAUAUUUUAUAAAAUGUAUUAUGACACUAAAACUGUACCUCAAAAGUCUCAAAAAUAAUUUGAUCAAAUACUUUUUACAACUUUUCAGAGGAUCCAUUUGUGGUUUUUUUCAUGCUCUCACAGGAAAGUCUUUUUUGCAGACCAUGACUUUUCCACUUGCCUGGAAUAUUUUUUGGUAUUUUUCCUCCUACUCUAUGAUUUCAUUAUUUCCCUGUAGUUCAAAAAUAACAUCUUUUAUUCUGUGCUUAGCAUGUUAGGGUCAAACUAUCUCAGGAAUAGCAAGUUAACUCUAACUGUACAGGAUUAACCAUUUAUUCACAGUAAUCUGAUGUCUUAAAAAUUAUUCAGGUUUAAAUCCUCUGAAAAAUAGAAAAGCAUGUGGAUUUAUAGUUGCUCUAAAAUCAUUUGUAAAUAUUCCAGCCUUGCCAAGGUAUGUUGGCAUGUUUUAAUCCUGAGAGAACAAUUAAAAUUGUUUAGAGACUUCAUAUUUUUUCAAACUAAUUAUAACCCAAGAUCAUUUGGGUAAACAUCUUAGGGAAAGGGGGAACAAUACAUUUUUUUAGGUGUCAUUUUAAAGUACCAGUUAACUUUCAUAGGAAAGGACAUUAGAGGAUCUUAGCUUCAUUGUCUUACUUAAUAUAAACAGUGUUAACAUUAUAAAACACUAAGUACUUUUGAGGUACAGUCUGCUCCAGUUUUCCUGGUUCUCAAAUAUGCAUAGAAAGCAAUGUCUGGGAUAGACUUUUAGCAUUAAAAUUGACAUAGCAUUUUGUAACUAUGUGUUGUACAGAAAAUUUUUAAUGAAGUCAAUCACUAAAAAAAAUUAGAGGGCAGGGUAUAUUCACACAAUUAAGCUGAAGAAAGCACUAAUUUUUUCUGUAGUUUUAAAUAUAUAUAUAUUUUAGAUUUAAAAUUUUUAAACUAUGGAGUGUAAAUAUAUUUUGUAUUACUGUAUGUGUAAGUGACUGCUUUAAGCACUUUGAAGGAAAUUUGGAUAUUUUCUGAUGGUACACUAUGCAUUCAAAUGAAAUGUGCCUUUAACUAUUGUCAUUCUAAGAAAAAAGUGUUUUGCAGUCAUAAAUUACCACAAAUGCACAAAUUAAAGUUUAAAUAGAUUUUAAUUUGUAACUUUGGUUUUAAGUAUUAUUUCCUUUUGGAAACUUCCUAUUAGUCAAAAUGUGUGUUGGUUUUACAAUAAUAGUAAGGACCUCAAAGACUAACGUAAACCUUAUUACAAAUGGUUUUUAUUCUAGAGAAGGACAUGAUCAUGAAGAGUCAAAGUAAAAUUGUCCAUAGGUAGUAAUGGGAAAGUUUGUGUUCUUAUCUAAGAUCAAUAGUAUCUUUUAUUUUAUGAG